GAGAGGGGAGGAUCCGGGAGGAGGGCGGGGGGAGUGAAAACGCAGCAUUAGCGGUGGAAAGUUUACUGUGGCUCAGUUCCGUGUGCGCAACAGGUGUGAGUUUCUCUUUGCAGUAGUUUUAAAGUCUUUAUUUUAAAAGUUUAAAGUGGUUUUAGUGAGGGUUCACCUUGGAAACAUGUCUCAUCUCAGACCGAGACUCUGCCUGCUGGAAAAAAGCCCCAACGGAUACGGGUUCCAUCUCCACGGGGAGAAGGGCAAGACCGGCCAGUUCAUCCGGCUCGUGGAGCCCGACACCCCCGCCUCUGAAGCCGGGCUGCUCGCCGGAGACCGCCUCGCCUUCGUGAAUGGAGACAGCGUGGAGGGGGAGAGCCAUCAGCAGGUGGUGGCGAGGAUACGGGCCACCUCCGGGUCACUGGAGCUCAUCGUGCUGGACGCAGAGACGACUGAGCUGCUGAAGAAACACAACCUGGAGUGCAGGAGAGAGUACGCCACGGAGGGGAUCCCUCUGCCGGGCGGGGACAGCGACUCGGACCGCGGGGACACACAGAGCAACGGCACACCGAGGGAGGCCACCCCUGCCCCGCGGGAGAACGGGGACUCGUCCUCAGUGAGGUCCGAGAGGCUGAGUGUGAGCUCCAGCACCAAGGACGAGAGAGGCGGGCUGCGGCCUCGUCUCUGCUACCUGAAGAAAGGACCGGGGGGAUAUGGCUUCAACCUGCACAGUGAGAAGUCCAAACCGGGUCAGUUCAUCAGAGCUGUGGACGAGGACUCUCCAGCAAAGAGAGCCGGACUCAAACCGAAGGACAAGAUCCUCCAGGUGAACGGUCUGUCCGUGGUCGGUCUGCAGCACACGGAGGUCGUGGCGGCCAUCAAAGCAGGAGGAGACGAGUGCCGGCUGCUGGUGGUCGACGCAGAAGCUGAAGAAUUCUUCAAACGCUGCAACGUCCAGCCGAGCGAGGAUCACCUCACAGGACCUCUGCCUGAUCCAGUGUCAGAGAGAGCAUCAGAGGAGGAAGAGGCAGCAGAGGUGAUUAGACGCACCGUGUCUCAGAGCUCAAGUGCCUCGUCCAACGCCUCCGUGCCAGCAGCCACCAUCAUCAGCCCCUCACCUGCAGAGGUGGAGAGGAGCUCCGAGCCAGCCUCCGCUCCAGGCGACGGUCUGGGUCUGGGUCUGUCUCUCGCUCAGGCCAAAGAGCGAGCCCACCAGAAGCGAGCUGCCAAGAAAGCCCCGUCCAUGGACUGGAGCAAGAGGAACGAACUGUUCAGCAACCUAUAAACAUCUUCAUCUUCAUCAUCAUCGUUAUCACCAUCAUCAUCAUCAUCAUCUCCUCCGUUCUUCCGCUCUGUGGAUUCCACUGGUGUGUCGCCACACUGAACAGACGCGUUUUAAACUCUGUAAAACAGUAUUAUGUGAUGAUUUUAUGUUUUAAUUGAGGGUUGUUGCCACUUGUUGUCAUGUUUUAAUAAAUGUCCCACACAGGAAUGAAUGUUAAUAUAUGAGGAGGAAUGUUUAAAGGAGGAAUGAAGAGUAAUGUGCAGCUCUGGGAGGAAGAACAGGGCCCAGAGGGAGAGGAAUUACCGGCAGAUUUUGAGUUAAAGUUGAAAUAAAGUCCGAUUCUCUUUUCUGUAAUCAGCAUGUAGAGUGAAAGAUGUCUGUAGUCUGUAUGUGUGAACGAUCAGCGCUCAAUGAGACCAAUAUGAACUAUUCUAUGACCAACUGUUUGAGUCACCAGGUGUUUGAAGGGACCGAAAGCUCCAGAAACAAUCCCUCCCUUCUGUCCGUCUGUCAUCUGGAUUCUGAUUGGAGGAGUAAAUCACAGAUUAUUUUUUCAUGUAGCUCUUUAUAGAUUUGUAAAUACAUGAGGAAAUGAUUCAAAGUUUAUUUUGACUGACUUAUGAGAAAUGAAGCUCCUCAGUAAGUGUGAUGAUUCUGCUGUCGACGACACUGAAGACGAUUAUCAUCAUGUAAAGAAAUAUGAAAUGUGAUGCUCUGUGCUGUAGAUGUGUCCAGACAAAUAUAACAUUUGGAUCAAACCAA